CAGAGUACCUUCUCUUAUCAAACCAUGGCCAUGCUUAGAGCUUUGAGCGUGAGAAAUCACCGGAGGUAUGAACGGUUAGAACAGCCAAUUGAUGACCCUGAGGUUAGCCUUUUGGGAAGCAAGUUGCCGAGGACCACAAGUGUUCCAGCUCAAUUUUUGUCAAGAAAAUUAACACCGGCGUCAGCCAUGCCAUCCAAUUCCCAGGCAAAGUCUACCAAAAAGAGCAAGAGUCAUCCGCUUUUCAGCCUCUUUAACGGCCGCCGGCAUAGAAGGAAAACAACGGCUAAACCAGAAUUUGCAAGGUAUUUAGAGUAUGUAAAGGAGGGAGCUGUAUGGGAUCGGAGUUCAAAUAUGCCCGUCAUAUACUACAAAUGAAACUACUUUUGGAAUCAAUAAUUUCAUUCUUUACUGUAUUUUUUUUCUCAACUUCCCGAAUCUUGUAAACCAAGUUCUAUGUCAAUUCAAGUUUCAUUAAAGAUUUGAUUAAAUUUUGCAAAU